AUGAGUGCUAUUGGCAGAACAAACCACAAAAAUUUAGUACAGCUUCUUGGAUUUUGUUACGAGGGAGAGCACCGAAUGCUUGUGUACGAGUUCAUGAGCAAUGGAUCUUUAGCAAGCUUCCCUUUUGGAGAGUCUUGGCCAAGCUGGUGCCAGAGAAGGCAAAUUGCACUGGGAAUUGCAAGAGGGUUGUUGUAUUUGCAUGAGGGGUGCAACAGCCAAAUUGUACAUUGCAACAUCAAGCCUCAAAAUAUGCUUCUCAAUGACUCUUACGCAGCAAGAAUUUCUGACUUCGGACUAGCCAAGCUUUUGAGAAUGGACCAGACUUGA